AAUUUUCUCGGUGCGGUAGGACGGGUUCGCACGAAUUGAAGCGUGUCACUAUCGACUGCUCCAAAUGGCCGAGGUAAUUUCGAAUCUAAUCGUGGAAUCCACGAUGCCCAAUGGGUAGGUACGUUGUGAUUUGGUCGUUGAUAAAAAUCCUUACUCUAGCGUUCAAGAGAAAGAUUUGAACUUUUGUAAGCAAUUGAAUGUUAUUAUAAGUUGAAUCCUUUGAAGGAUUAAACCCAAAGUUUUAUUAGAGCAUAGAAGAAUUUUGUAUCUCAUUUAGUUCAAGUUCUUCCUCACUAAUGUGGACGAGGAUACAUAAUUUUCCCCAGCAAUGCUCAUUUGCUUAGUUCAUAGAUCUCAAUUGAAAAAGAAUUUACAGGUUCGUAGUUCUUGCUAGUCCUCAUUCGUCUAUAAGCAUCAACAUAACUAAUGGGGAGUUGGCUCUAGUAAAAGGUGCUAGUUUUCCACAAUGUGAUGAACCAAAUUCUACUAGGAGAGAUAUUUACAUUUAAUGUCAGACUAUAUCUCGAAUAGAAUUACUUCCGAAAGAGGAUACAUAUGUUAAACAAAAAAACAUAACUAUUUUUAUAUGCUAUAGCACAACAACGUGGAUUUUGUUGGCGAUUGGGUUUUUGAUAGAUGUAACACUUCUCAAUGUGUAGGAAUCAUUGCAGCCAAAAGAUAUCACUUGGGACAGGUUUCCUUGAUUGUCUUUGAAGAACAACCUUGUGUAUAUCUUUUGGUGGUGAGUUAGGUCUUUAUUGAAUGUACCAAUGAAAUCAGGCUAUCAACAUGGUGGAGUUGAUACUAUUCACACUAAGGUCUUUCUAACAUCACUGUCAGCUAUGGUGGCUGAGACCACAACUUUCCCCAUAGACUUGAUCAAGACCAGGCUCCAACUCCAUGGUGAGUCACUUUCCUCGAGUCAUCCCACUAGUGCAUUUAGAGUAGGCUUGGGCAUUAUUCGUGAACAAGGUGCUCUUGGCCUUUACAGUGGCUUGUCGCCAGCAAUUUUUAGACACAUGUUCUACACGCCUAUUCGAAUUGUUGGGUAUGAGAACCUGAGAAAUGUGGUUUCUGCUGAUAAUGCUUCGAUCUCUAUUGUUGGCAAGGCUGUAGUUGGUGGAAUCUCUGGUGUUGUGGCUCAGGUUAUAGCCAGCCCAGCUGAUCUUGUCAAGGUGAGGAUGCAAGCUGAUGGCCAAAGGGUGAGUCAAGGUCUUCAACCCUGGUAUUCGGGGCCAUUUGACGCUCUAAACAAAAUUGUUUGUGCUGAAGGAUUUCAAGGUCUGUGGAAGGGUGUUUUUCCUAAUAUCCAAAGAGCCUUCUUAGUGAACAUGGGAGAAUUAGCCUGUUAUGACCAUGCUAAACAAUUUGUUAUUAGAAGUAGGAUAGCUGAUGAUAAUGUUUAUGCCCACACUUUGGCUUCCAUCAUAUCAGGUCUGGCAGCAACUUCUUUAAGUUGUCCAGCUGAUGUUGUGAAGACUAGAAUGAUGAACCAGGCUGCUAAGAAGGAAAGGAAAGUCUUAUAUAAUAGCUCUUAUGAUUGCUUGGUAAAGACAGUUAAAGUUGAAGGAAUAAGAGCAUUGUGGAAAGGAUUCUUCCCCACAUGGGCAAGGCUUGGCCCAUGGCAAUUUGUGUUCUGGGUUUCCUAUGAGAAGUUCAGGACAUUUGCAGGGCUCUCUUCUUUCUAAUAUAAUAUUUUGAUUUAUACUGUCAUUUGUUCAUCCAUAAUAAAUUCACAAGUCACAAGGGACUAAUACCCAGAUUUAUGUAUUUUUUUCAACUUUUAGCUCAGUGUUUAAUUUUUUUGGGAUAAAUUACAUUUCUCUAUCCUAAGAGAUGAUUAAUUUAUUCUACCUACGCGUUUUACUGCAGUCUA